CAAAAAUCGCACCGCAUCGCAUCUCUCGCAAUCCAUUUGGCAUUUUGGCCUGACUGAUUUCCCGAAGUUUUGAGUUUACCUAAAAGUUUUUCUUUGAUUUUGUGUAAUCUAUUGCGACAUUGAUAACCAUUUGAAUAAAAGUUGUGCUUUUUCAAAAAUUCCAUUUUUUUCGAAUGCAAUAAUCUGAAAAUCAUGAUCCGUGCAACUACUAGAUUAGCUCGAUCAUCAUUCCGGGGGAUUACCGCUACCGGCCUAACCGGCUCAAAUUCCACGGGACUUCUAGACAGGAACUUUGAUAAGGGACUACUUCAAGCAGCACAGGUCCGGUACAAAUCUACACCCAUCAACACAAUCAUCAUGUUCGUUCCACAGCAGGAAGCAUGGAUUGUAGAACGAAUGGGUAAAUUCCAUCGAAUACUGGAACCCGGUUUAAACGUUUUAUUACCCAUUGUCGACCGAGUGAAGUACGUGCAAAGCCUUAAGGAAAUUGCAAUCGACGUGCCGAAGCAAUCCGCCAUUACCUCGGACAAUGUAACACUAAGCAUAGACGGUGUGUUGUACUUGAGAAUUCUCAACCCCUACCAUGCUUCCUACGGCGUUGAGGAUCCAGAGUUUGCCAUUACCCAGCUAGCACAAACCACAAUGAGAUCUGAACUGGGAAAGAUGUCCUUGGAUAAAAUAUUCCGAGAACGAGAAUCGCUCAAUAUUAGUAUUGUAGAUUCCAUCAAUAAGGCAGCCGAAGCUUGGGGUAUCUCGUGCCUUCGAUAUGAGAUCCGUGAUAUAAAACUGCCCAAUCGUGUACACGAAGCAAUGCAGAUGCAAGUUGAAGCCGAACGUAGGAAAAGAGCCGCAAUUCUAGAGUCGGAAGGUGUCCGAGCAGCCGAAAUCAACGUAGCAGAGGGCAAACGACAGUCUCGAAUACUCGCCUCCGAAGCUCAAAAGCAGGAAGAAAUCAAUCGAGCUAAUGGUGAGGCUGCGGCACUCCUAGCGGUAGCAAAUGCUCGAGCCAAAGGUCUAACCAUGGUAUCGGAGUCGCUGCUGUCCAAACAGGGUCGUGAUGCUGCCUCAUUAGCCGUUGCUGAGAAAUAUGUUAAUGCGUUUGAAAAUCUGGCGAAAAAGAACAACACAUUAAUCGUUCCAUCGAAUGCCUCGGACGUAACGACAAUGGUGGCCCAGGCGUUGCAAAUCUACAACAGUCUGUCGGUCGGUGAGAAGAUGGUACAGAAUGACAGCCCUGUUGUAAACGCAUCGACGGCGGAUGCUGCCCGUGGCGAAACGAUAAAAAAUUCAGAGUGAUCCUCGGAAAUGUACUUGUUAGGUGUCGUUAUGUAGAGAAAAAAGUACCAGCUGGUGUAAAACAUGUUGCAAUUUACUCUGUAAUUCAGAAUUUAUAGAUCUAAAAUGGCAACAGCGUGUUAUUUUACUGCAACAGAAUGUAACCGAAAGGAGACUUAGUUCACAAAUAUCUGCCGAACUGAGGAUCAACAAUUCAAAUACCUUUAAAGCUAUAAAAUUAAGACAA